AUGGCUUCAUAUCUGGUGACAGGUUGUUCAAGAGGACUCGGGUUAGCUCUCAUCGCCCGAUUGACGACAUUUCCUAAGACUGAGGUGGGAACUAUAAUCGCUACAGCUCGUCGGGACAAUUCCCCCCGGCUGAAAGAGGUCGUGAAGGCCUCCUUGGGCCGAGUGCAGCUCAUUAACCUCGAUGUCACCAACCCGGAGAGUGUGAACAAGGCUGUGGGGGCAGUUGAGCAUGGCCUGGAAGGAAAGGGUCUGGAUUAUCUGAUUAACAACGCGGGAGUGAUGGACUGGUCUCCAAAGGGGAUGGAAGGAAUGUAUGUGAGAUUUUGGAUCACAACACUCCAUGAGCCUCAAUGGGAUGGGUUUUGA